GGAGCUUAUCAAGCCUGACCUCGGACUACUCUGUCUGAUCAUCUUGACUGCCAUAGGAGCAGCUAUUGUUCAACUUCAGACACCUAUGGUAACCGGACAACUGAUCAAUAUCUUGUCUAGUGUGAAAGAACUAGGAUCUCUCACGAUUCGCGAUUUGAAUAAGCCUGCGAUGAAACUCUUUGGUCUUUUGGUUUCUCAAGGCUUUUUGACAUUUGCACAUAUUGCGCUGGUUUCUGCUUUUGGCGAGAAUGUUGCUAAAAGACUUCGUUCCAAGCUCUUUUCUGCCAUCAUUCAGCAGGAUUUGACAUUUUUUGAUACCCAUCGUAGCGGUGAGUUAGUCAGUCGACUCACAGCCGAUGUUGCCGAAUUCAAGAGUACAUUCAAACAACUGGUCACUCAAGGUUUGAAAUCUGUCACUCAAACGAUCGGAUCAGCCAUUCAGCUUUUUAGAAUCUCUACUUCUUUAACCUUGACUAUGCUCGGAACAAUGCCUAUUCUUUAUAUCAUGCUUAAUCUGUACGGUAGUUAUUUGAGAAACUUGAGCAAAAAGAAUAAGCAAUUGGAUGGCUAUGCUGGUGGCGUUGCUGGUGAGGUUCUUUCCAACAUGAGAACGGUAAGAGCCUUUGCCUCUGAGGAACGCGAGAUGGAGCAUUAUGGAAAGUCAUGUAAUCAAGUAGCCAAGGCCAAUCAGUAUAUGGGACUUCAUAUUGGUCUCUUCCAAGGACUGACGAAUAUCUCGAUUGGGUGUAUGGUCUUGACUGUACUUUACUAUGGUGGAUCUUUGGUCGUGAAGAAUGAAUUGACUGGUGGUGAUCUUAUGUCUUACAUGCUCUCAACUCAAACCGCUCAACAAUCGCUCGUCUCCCUUGGCGUCUUGUUUGGUCAAACCAUCAAGGCUGCUGCUUCUGCUAGUCGCGUCUUUGAAUUCAUUCAUUUGCAGCCUCAGGUGCCAUUAAAAGGUGGUUUAAUCCCCGACCAUGUUCACGGUAACAUUCAGUUCAGAGAUAUCGAUUUCAAUUACCCAUCACGGCCUCAACAUAAGGUGCUCAACGGAUUUAGCUUGGACAUUUUCCAAGGCACAACUGUGGCCUUGUGUGGACCUUCUGGUUCUGGUAAAUCAACGAUCGCUUCCUUAUUAGAGAGAUUCUACGAACCUACUGCUGGAAAUAUUUAUUUGGAUGGCGAAGAAUUAAGCACACUGGACCCUUCAUGGUUGAGAGAGCAUAUUGGUUUCAUCAACCAGGAACCUGUCUUGUUUGCCACGUCUAUUCUUGAAAAUAUACGUUACGGAAGACCUGAUGCUACUUUAGAAGAAGUGAAGGAAGCUGCCCGUCAGGCAAAUGCAGAGUCGUUCAUUGAAAGUUUCCCGGAUGGAUAUGAAACAAUCGUGGGUGAGCGUGGUGCCGCCUUGUCUGGUGGACAAAAGCAACGCAUCGCCAUAGCUCGUGCUAUUCUUAAAGAUCCAAAGGUCCUUAUUCUGGAUGAAGCUACAUCUGCAUUAGAUACACAAAGUGAAAGAAUGGUCCAGGAAGCACUUGAUAAGUUAAUGCGUGGAAGGACAGUACUUAUUAUCGCACACCGUCUUUCGACUAUUCGAAAGGCAGACACAAUUGUGGUCAUGGGCAAAGUACCUGGAAACAUUUUAGAGAAAGGAACACACGAUGAAUUGAUGCGUAAACAAUCAGUUUAUUUUAGACUUCAUAAUCAAUUAGCUAAUGCAGAUAAUGAAUAAAAAAUAUGUUUAUAUAAAUAUUGAGGCUUAUUAGGGGUAU